AUGGCAAAUAUUCGACAAAGCUCUGCAGCACCUUUUCGAGUUUCUAGACCAACCCUUCAUUCAGAUGUGGAGGAAAUAAGCUCAACCCAAGCGGAUCCUAAUUCUAGGAAUCGUCAAAUACGUUGGAGUGAUGCAAUGGACAGUUGUAUGAUAACUGCACUACUACAUCAAGUGUUGUCUAGUCACAAAAGAAGUGACAAUGGUUUUUCAUCAUUUCACGUGUCCAAAGCAAUCGAGAGCGUGCACAAUGGAUGCGGAGUGAUGGUGUCUGAUAAGAAUGUGAGGGCGCGAUUGAAAACUCUAAAAAAAGAAUAUGUUGAAGUUCGUCAGUUGUUAAGCAUGAGUGGUUUUGGGUUAGAUGCUCACACUGGACGUGUCACAGCCGAUGUACUAGCUUGGGAGGAGUUGUUGAAGGGCAGACCAGAAUUUGGAAAGUGGAGAACCAAACUUUGUUCUCGUUAUGAUGAUUUGGAGGCUAUUUUUGGAAAUGAUUCUGCUACAGGAGAUCGUGCUGUAACCGGCAAUGACAUUUUAUCCCCUGAUCAUGGUGAAACUGUGUGUGAAGUUGAUGGUCAAAAUGAGGAUACGGAUCCAAGCCCCAUUCGCGCUCUUAAGCGUAAUGCCGAAGGAGGCACUAACAAAGUUCGCCGUCGACGUACCCAACCUAAUGAUGAGAGUCUCGUUGCCCUAUCAAGCAUUGCCGAAUCAUCCAAAAAAAUUGCUAUCGCUAUGGAGACUCAAGCAACAUUAGAUACGCUAAACCAUAUCAAUUGGCAGUUGGUUCUAGAAAAAUUACAAGGCAUGCGUAUAGAAAAGCGUGACAUAAUGCAAGUAAUGAAAAUAUUUCGAUCGGAUGAGAGUCUGGCUAGAGUAUUUAUGAGUUUGACUGAUGAAGAAUUCAUGCGUGAUUUAGUAUUUGAGAAUCUGAGCUGUGAUCCGCCUCCACUAUUUUAA